CAAUGGACUGAAGAGAAUCAGAUGGAACCAGAUCCAAUACAGUGGAUUAAAGAGGAAGAGGAGGACACAGCACUGAUGGAAGAAGAAAAGGAGGAAAUAAAGUUUUCAUCGGCUAAAGAAAAACAGAAAAAAACAGAACCUUCACUGAUAGAAAAACAGGAGAACCCAGACACUCAUAGGAUUAAAGAAGAAGAGGAGGAGCCAGAAUUUCCACUGACAGAAGAACAGGAGAAACAAGAACUACAGAGGAUUAAAGAGGAAGACCAGGACACAAAACACUCAAGUUUGGAGGAGGAAAAUGAAGAACCAACAUCUUUAUGGGUUGAAGAGGAACAGAAGAAACCAGAAACCCCACUUAUUAAAGAUCAGGAGGAUGUAGAAUCUAAAUGGAUUAAAGAAAAAGAAGAGCCAUAUUCAAUACUGAUAGUUGAAGUAAAGGAAGAAACAGAUUCUUCAUGGAUUAAACAUGAACAGCAGAAACUGGAACAUUUUCCAACUGGGCAGGACCAGAAGGACGGCUGCAGCAGUGAGGAGGGAGAGCAGGAACAGUCCGUUGCUUUGAUGGAGACUCCUCUUCAGGAAGUCUCCAGGAAAAGAGCUGGAGAACCAAGAACCGAGCAGUGUUCAUUUCAUCCGUCUUCUACAGACAGCACACAUCAGGAAGGAAGCAGCUCCACAGUGUUAGAGAGUCAGUCUCAUGCUGACACAAAGAAUAUGUCUUUAAAAUGUGAAAUUUGUGAACGAGUAUUUAAGAAGAGGUUUAACUUGAAAGAGCAUUACAAAACCCACACUGGGGAGAGACCUUUUUGUUGUGAAACAUGUGGGAGACGUUUUUCUCGAUUCAGUAUUUUAAAAGUUCACAAGCAAACUCAUACAGGUGAGAGACCUUUUUCUUGUGAAACAUGUGGGAAAACAUUCUUGCGAAUUUAUAAUUUAAAUCUUCAUCAGAAAGUUCAUAGUGGUGAGAGGCCUUUUUCCUGUGACACGUGUGGAAAAUCUUUCUCUCGUAUUGAUAAUUUAAAUCUACAUAAGAAAAGGCAUGCAGAUGAGAGGCCUUUAAAAAAUCAGGCAAGUGAGAGGCCUUUCUCUUGUGAAACAUGUGACAAAAGUUUCUCUCGAAUUGAUCAUUUAAAAGCUCACAAGAACAUUCACACAGGUGAGAGACCUUUUUGUUGUGACGCUUGUGGAAAAGCUUUUUCUCAUAUUGGCAAUUUAAGUAUUCAUAAGAAAGUUCAUACAGGUGAGAGACCUUUUUCUUGUGAAAUGUGUGGGAAAGGCUUUAUAAAUAGUUCGAACUUGAAUGUUCACAGGAGAACUCACACGGGUGAAAGACCUUAUUCAUGUGAAGUAUGUGGGAAAGCUUAUUUUAUCCGCAAUCACUUAAAUGUACAUCAGCGAACCCACACAGGUGAGAGGCCUUUCUCAUGUCAAAUAUGUGGCAAAGGUUUCAUUGAAAAUAGGAAACUGAAUUAUCACAUGAAAAGAAAGCACAGAAGUAAGAAAUAGUCAUUUGACUCUCACUGGUUAACAGUAAAUAUUUAGAAUUUUCUUAUUAGUUUGUUUUUUAGUAAUAUAUUAGCAAAGGAAAAAAUACUAAUGAAGCUUAAACCUGAGUAGGAGUGAAGUUGAUGUGUUGGGUUGUUUUGUGGGGUGACUCUGGCUCAUUGGGUAUUUUUGCAAUUGGAAGGUUUUUGGUUUUUAAAGUUUCAAGUUGUAAUUUUAUAAUAAAUGUUGAAUUUAAACACUUUAA